UGCUGUUUUAUUGACUGGUUGUUCGUCUUAUGCAAGUUCCUCCAGUGUCAUGAUAGUUGAAUUGAUAUAAAUACAAGAUACUGUACGUUCAAAAAACGUUUUCCCCUGAAACAAUUCCCUAUCACAACUACAUUGCAUUCAAAAUUGGUACCUUACUUACUGUACCCAGGUUUGUGAAAGAUCAGUUCUUAGGCACUUAAGUGGGGGGGGGGGGGGGGUCGUUAAACAUUUAAGCCAAACAUGGGGACUCUGAGCAAUAGGAGUGUUACUGAGAGUGUUGGAGAUGGAUAGAAGGGAUUUAUUAUAAUCCACAGGUCAUCUGCCCUAGGUCUGUAAUGCGUCACUCCUUCUGAUACUAUGCCUGAGUGGAUUACUAGUGUUCACUACUUCACUCUCACUACUAAGGUCCACUCUGAAUGUCACUUUCAACGUGGCUUUCCAGUUCAGUGUUACGGAAUGUCUCAUAGGGGGAACAUCACUGGAUUUAAGAGACCUUAGUGUUGUACUAAAAUGGACAUUGGGCCUUUUGGGGAAUGGACAGCAUUUGAGAGAUAGUGGAUUGCGGGAUCUGCUGGAGAAGGCAUCUUGCAAUGCUCCGGCAGCUUUACCAGCUUCACAGUUCACUGCAUGAGUGGGCAUCAACCUAUCUGACAACCCCAGUCCUCACAGAAGCCAAGUUCCCCUCCCCUCCCCAUGGAGCCUGGCUACUGUGGUUCCUGCUGGCAUCCCUAAGUGUGCCCUGUGCGGCUAGAUCUACUUCUACUGUGUUCAAGGUAGGGGUAGUUGGACCGUGGAAAUGUGACCCUCUGUUUGCGAAGGCACUGCCCCAGACGGCAGCGCAGCUAGCUGUGGAGAGGAUCAACAAUGACCCCUCACUGUCCCUGGGCACCACCUUUGAGUAUGUCAUCAUUGACGAGGACUGCCAGACAUCCAUGGCACUCAAGGGUUUCUUAGGUCACUACGCACGGGCUAAUGCCUUCCUGGGCCCUGUCAACCCUGGCUACUGUGAUGCAGCCUCUUUACUGGCCAACAACUGGAACAAGGCCCUGUUCUCUUGGACCUGUGUGAACUACGAGCUGGACGACCGAAGUAGGCACCUUAAUUUUGCCCGCACGGUGCCCUCGCCCACCUGGGUGCUGCUCAGCCUGGUGAGACACUUCCGCUGGGCACACAUAGGGAUCAUCUCCUCGGCUGAGGAUGUGUGGGUGGACACAGGCAGCAAGGUCGCUGACGCUCUGCGGAGCUACGGCCUCCCUGUCACCACCGUGGUCUCCACAGACAAGGACCCUGCCAGCAUACGACUGGCUCUGACUAGGGUCAAGAGGGCAGAAAACAUCCGCAUGGUGAUCCUCUGCAUGCACUCUGUGCUGAUUGGAGGACACAUCCAGAGGUUGCUGUUGGAGACUGCUCUGGACAUGCACCUGACGGACGGUUCCCUGGUGUUCAUCCCCUACGACACACUGCUCUACAGCCUGCCCUACAGGGAUGUCCGCUACCCAGCCCUCAUCAACAACGGCAAGCUGCGGAGAGCAUACGACGCUGUCCUGACCGUCACCAUGGACUCAGAGGAGAACUCAUUCUACAAGGCCUACCAGAAGACUGUGAAUGUUGGGGGGGUUCCCAGACACAUCAAGCUCCACCAGAUUUCUCCUCUGUUUGGUACCAUCUACAGCUCGAUCCUCUUCAUGGCUAACGCUCUGCAGAAUGUUCGUGAUGCUGGGGAGUGGAGGUCUGGAGCCAACCUGGUGCGCCACUCCAGGAACAUGGCUUUCUAUGGUUUCAGCCAGCGUGUCCGCACCAACGGUUCCGGGGCCAGCUUGUUGAAGUAUGUGGUGCUGGACACAGAUGGGCAGUCCUGGCCUCUGCUGCCCACCCACUGUGUGGACCUGGAGGCUAGGAUGGUGAUGUCUCUGGGCCGCAGCAUCCACUUCCCAGGGGGUGUCCAGCCCAGCCCAGACUCUAGCUGCUGGUUCAUUCCAGGCACCUUAUGCACAGGAGGAGGAGUGGAUCCAUUCCAUCUUAUCAUAGUCUUCCUGUGUAUCAUUUUGACUAUUAUCUUCUCAAGUGGACUCUACUACUGUAUAAGGAGGCGUAUCAACCAGAUUAGUUUAGUCAGGGGUCCUGACAAGAUCAUGCUAACCCUGGCAGAUGUGAUCUUCAUCAACCCCUCACUCAGUAAUAAGAAGCUAAGUUUAGAUGAGAGCAAAGUGGGUGAUAUGCGUAGGAAACUCUCAGACACAGAUCGUCAGAGCCUCUCUACUCCCUUUGACUCCACCGUCACCCCGGCAACCUAUGCAAACUCCAACAUAGCCAUCUUUGAGGGAGACUGGGCUUGGAUGAAAAGACUCCCGUCUGGAAACUUUAAAGCCAUAACUCCCCAGACCAGUGACGUCUUUGAGUUGAUGAAGGACAUACGACACGAGAACGUCAACCUCUUCCUGGGGUUUUUCUUUGACUGUGGUGUUUUCGGCAUCAUGACAGAGUAUUGCUCACGUAGCAGCUUGCAGGACUUGCUAAGCAAUAGUGACGUUAAGCUGGACUGGAUGUUUAAGACCUCCCUGUUAUUGGACCUUAUCAAGGGCAUGAAGUACCUCCACCACCGAGGGGUUUGUCAUGGACGACUCAAGUCUCGGAACUGCGUAGUGGAUGGCCGCUUUGUGCUCAAGCUCACAGACUACGGCUACAACAAGAUUUUGAUGGCACAAAGAUUCCCAUAUGAAGAUCCUUCCGCAGAAGAGCUGCUGUGGACGGCCCCUGAGAUCCUACGGAGCCCUCACCCAGGGCUGUGCGGCACCCAGCUAGGGGACGUCUACAGCUUCGCCAUCAUCAUGCAGGAGGUGGUGCUGCGGGGACCUCCCUUCUGUAUGCUGGACCUGUCUGCUGAAGAUGUCAUCCAGAAGGUGAGGAGUUCUCCACCACUGUGCCGCCCUGUGGUAUCACCAGACCACGCCCCCUUGGAGUGUAUCCAGCUGAUGAAACAGUGCUGGAACGAACAGGCAGAUAGGCGGCCGCACUUCAAUGACAUCUUUGACCAGUUUAAGAACAUCAACAAAGGGAGGAAGACCAACAUUAUAGACUCCAUGCUGCGGAUGCUGGAGCAGUACUCCUCUAACCUGGAGGAGCUGAUCAGAGAGAGGACCGAGGAGUUGGAGAUAGAGAAACUGAAGACUGAGAAACUACUCACUCAGAUGCUGCCUCCAUCUGUUGCAGACGUCCUGAAGGUUGGCGGUACUGUGGAACCAGAGCAUUUUGAAAAUGUAACACUUUACUUCAGCGACAUAGUAGGUUUUACCACAAUCUCUGCCAACAGCGAGCCUAUCGAAGUGGUGGACCUCCUCAAUGACCUAUAUACUCUAUUUGAUGCCAUCAUUGGCAAUCAUGAUGUAUACAAGGUGGAGACAAUAGGAGAUGCAUACAUGGUGGCGUCCGGCCUACCUGUUCCCAAUGGAGACCGUCAUGCUGCAGAGAUAUCCAGCAUGGCCCUGGACAUCCUGAGUGCUGUUGGCACCUUCAAGAUGAGACACAUGCCGGAUGUACCUGUUCGCAUACGCAUUGGACUGCACUCAGGCCCAUGUGUUGCUGGGGUGGUAGGCCUCACCAUGCCCAGGUACUGUCUGUUUGGUGACACAGUCAACACUGCCUCCAGGAUGGAAUCCACAGGAAUGCCAUACCGAAUCCAUUUGAGCCAUAGCACAGCAAAGAUCCUGGUGGAUCUGAGAGAAGGCUACCAGGUUCAACUUCGUGGAAAGACAGAGCUCAAGGGGAAAGGAAUGGAGGAGACCUAUUGGCUGGUUGGAAGGGACAGUUUCACCAAACCCCUGCCUGUGCCACCUGAGCUUAAGUCAGGGAAAAUGGCUCAUGGCUUGCAGAUGGAGGAGAUCAACCGACACAAGCGGAAGAAAGCGGAACAACAACUUGCCAAGAAGAAUAAAUGAU